AUGGAAAUUUAUGUUAAAAAGCAUGAGGAUAUCAGUAGACUUAAUUGGCUCUCUUCUCUUCCCUCAAAAUAUAAAGAAGAACUAAUUCAAAAAAUAUUAGAUGAUAAGCUAACCUUGGAUUAGAGUCAUCAUUACAAAGUAGUUCUUGAUAUUCUAUAAGAAAAUGAUGCAUAAAGAUCUCAGAUUGUUAAAAAAUUUCUGAAUGAAACUGAGAAGCAAAAGAUGAAAGCUAUGCUCAAAGUAAAUGAUAAAACUAAUAGAGCAUAAUUUGAGUUUAAAGAAAGUGAUAAGCAACAAGUUAAGGUCUCAUUUCUUAACGGUAAGUGA